GAGGAAGGGAGUAGAAAGUAGUACCGUGCAACAGUGGAGUGUGUUAUUUAGAGUCCAUAUGAUCAUUUUUCUACUGAUGAUACAGAUGUAGUGAGAACUAUUAUUUGUUACAACCAAUCCCAAAAUAUGGGUUCAAAAAUAGAAUAUGUCGAUUCGUCUCAAAUCUAUGCUACAAGCUACGUAAGAAAUUCAAAAGCCGUCGGUGUUCUAUGGGCAAUAUUCACGAUAUGUUACGCUAUAAUAGCAAUAGUGGCUUUCAUUACAGCUGAAUGGAUCGGUACCACAACUGGUGAAAAACCCGGUAAAAUUGGACUGUAUACAGUGUGUUAUUUAGGUGAAAAUGCAGUACCGUGUACAGAAAACUUUUGGGACAGUUUCAUGGAUAUUGCAAAUCCGUUUAAAGCUGCUACUGCAUUUUUAGGAUUGGCUGUUGUUACAUCACUUUUGACCAUUUUCGUAAUGUUUUUCUUUUGCAUUUGUCGAGCAACUACUAUUUACCAUGUAUCUGCUUGGUUACAAUUGAUUUCAGCUAUAUGCAUGAUUGCUGGAUGUGCCGUCUUUCCAGCUGGUUGGAAUUCAGAUAAUAUCCGUGAAGUGUGUGGACCAACUACCGAUAAAUAUGCAUUAGGAAAUUGCCAGAUACGAUGGACAUAUAUAUUAGCAGCGAUUGGUUGCUUAGAUUCAGUAAUUUUGUCUACACUGGCGUUCCUUUUAGCAAUUAGACAUAUAAAAUUGCAGCCAGAUCCUCAUUAUUCUACAUCACCUAGUCUAUUUAAAGGUGAAAUGAAUGGUGCUUUCAUGGGCGAUUCUGCUAGCGUAGCAGGUUCUAGAAAAUCGUUAAGCAUCCAUCCAGUGCUCAUGGCGCACACAGGUCAAGAAGACACCUAUUCACAAUUUUCUCAAAGGACUGUACCCAGAUCUAUCCAUUCAGGACAUUAUUCACAUCCAAAUUCACUUCAUAGAAAUAUAUGAUUAUCAUGAUAUGUAUAUUCAAAAUUGUUUAAUAUUAAAGUCAAGUAUAUUAUGUUUUUAUUAAAUAUUAAAAA